GACGAGCCUGACGUGCGUAGAUGUCGUUCAAAGUCGGAUGGAGCUCCAAUAACACCAGGCAACGAGCAGGAGGAGCCGUACGAAGUAUUUCCACACCUUCCUGAUUCGGUGUUGGAAAAGCUUGGAUUACUCGGAGAUAGCCCAAGGGAACGAUUGACCGAUGAAGAACUGGAGCAGAAGUUUAUAUCGCUUUCGUUGGCCUUCACCAUCGACGCGGACACGAUCAAAGACAGAUGCAACAGGCAGAGGAGGUAUCGCGAUCAAACCGAGACGAAUUUGAACGUCGAGAUCGAGAGACUCAUCGAACGGGCGAAUCGACUCUAUCCACUCUGCAUCGACGCUGAGACGACGGAGCUUCUCGCCGCACUCCUCGCACAGGUGGACAUCAUCGUCAGAGCUUCGUCGCACGCUGCAAUCUCUGCGGAACGUUUCGGAGCGGUGCAGCACGAGGAAAGGUUGGCCGAGUCCGUCCAAUUAAUGAUCAAACACGUGAACGUACUUAAACGGCAGAGGGACUCGGCGAGGAGGCAGCUGCAGUACACGAAGAGGGUGCUCCAAGACACCAACUCGGCAGAGUCGUCCAGUCCGAAGCUGAAGACGCCGCAGUUGAAUGGACGCGUUAUAACGAGGAGGAGAGCGAGCAUAGCCACCAUUUCUCAGCCACAUCAAGAGAACUCGAACAAAGUGGUCCUUAGUGAUAGUAGGAGGAUGAUCCGCAGGACGUCAGAGCUCUCCCUCAGAGGAAGCAUACUCAACAGAACUGCCAGACCUUCGCGAUUAGAAUUAGGUUUAGAUCUCGUUAAAAUCCGCGAAGGAACAGUGGAAACCAUAAUAAUGCCAAGCGUUGUCGACGAAGAGAACGACGACGAAAUAGAGGAUGUAGAAACGAAUUCAUACCAAAGCAAUGACGAAUCCGGCGAUUCGAAAGCAACUAGUCGUAAAGUUAGUACAGCAUCAGAACCAGACCUUCACACAUUUCUAUUUAAAGAUAAGUUACUGUAUAAGGGCAGGAAAUUGGGUAGAGCGGCCAAAAGGAUAUUCAACAAUUGGCUAGAGAAUGGUUCCUCGAACGAAGUCUUCUGUUUCUGCGCUCUCAUCUGUUUCUCGCUGAGUAUUAUAACCAUGGGCAACAUCCUGAUGGAAUUCGAAUGCGCGAAACGCGGUGAUUCUAAUGCCUUCUUCUGCUGGAAUUACACCAGCACACCAAUCUACACGGACAAUCAAGCAACGAGCAACGCGAUUUCGUGAACGUGAUCUUCGGAGAAUAACAGAACAACAAAGAAUAUUCUACCUCCAAUAUGUACAUUUAACAAUAAAGUUACUUUAAGCUCUUAAACAA